AUGUCUAAUCAACAAGACUUCUUGUUUGUCGAUGCAGCUGAAGCGAAGACGUCUCGCCAAGGUCGCCGCAAUGCUCGUUCUUUCGUCAUGCAGAACGCGCGCAGGAAGAACCCUUGGUCUACAAGCAAACUUGGUGCAAAACAAAGGAAAACUGGAAGUCCGGAAAGCGCAAGUCCCAACAGUACAUGUGCGUCCACGCCAAACACAACCACACCAAGUCCACCAAUUCUUGCGAACAAGUCUGAUUACUUUUCCUCCCCAGAAUCCAAAGGCCAUGCAACAGUCAAGAAACAUGUCUGUCCAGACUGUCAGAUUUUUCUAUGUCGCCCUGGUGAGAGGCUUUGCCAAAGGUGUCUUCUGCUCAAGCCUGCGGCGCCUGCAGAAGACCCAAAUAAUCAAUUGUUCGAUCCUUUUCGGACUUCAUCUGUUGAAGUUACCCGCAGCGUAUCGGAACUGCUGAAGCAUUUUUCAACGGAGAUGGCACCAGGUAUAAUCGCGGUCGACGUCCGUCAUCGGUCUACCUUGAUGAAAUCGGACUGGUUCGGGACGGCCAUAAGUAACCCAGGGUUCAUGCACAGUCUUCUCGCUACGAUCGCGCUACACGCCUACGUGUUCGGAAAAGGUACCAUCGAUGCCAUCCUAUACCAUCGAGCACAGGCGACUGCUGCUGUCAAUGCCGCGAUACUAACACCAGAUGGCAUUUCGGACGCGAAUAUCGGUGCAGUGUUCAACUUACUUACUAUAGAGGAGAGUCUCCUUUUGCCAUCGUUCGAACAGCACGAGGACCACACUGCGCAACUCAAGAUCCAUGAAAGAGGCUUGCAAAGAAUGGUGCAGUUGCGUGGAGGACUAAGAGCAAUCAAUACGAAUCGCAUCCUUCAGGCCUUUAUGCUUUGGCAUUCGACCGCUCACGCCAUCUUCAGCUUCCAAGCGCCAAGCCCCUCUACAUUGGAUUUCAUCAGCACAGCAGGCCGCCCGCGUCAUCCUCCAGGCUAUGAACCGCGCAUCUCGCAACAUCUAAUUAACUACUGCCGGGAUGCAGGUAUCAAAGAGUCGCUUAACGCCCUGGUGGAAUCGGUGCUUUUCCUGAUAGCCGAUCUCAACGUUUGGUUCAGUGAUCCCGAAAGUCCUCUAGACCCUCUCGACAUUCAGAAUUUCUCUUGUGUAUUGGAGUGCUCUCUUCUAACAUGGUUGCGCGAGAACGAGCAUCUUGUUACCCCUCUCGAAGACGCACUUUGUGUUGCGCUGCUCAUAUUCACAGUACGCACGACAGAAGCAAUGAAGCUGCAGUCACACGUCCACCAUCUUCACUUUGCAGCAAGCAAGCGACUUGAGAAAGCAUUGAACUGUACCAUCCGCAACGAGUGGCAGCAUUGUCCCGAUCUUCUGCUCUGGAUCCUCUCUAUUGGUGCGAUAUCAGCAGAACCCUCGCCAGAUAGCACAUGGUUUGUGUAUCAAACAUCGCUCGCUUGUGCAGAAUUCGAUAUCCUAUCAGCUGAAACGCUUCUCGAACGACUACAUCUCUGCGGCUGGGUUAGCUACAAGCUCAAUGGUGCUGUAUGUCAUUUAUGGGACAGGGUUGUUGAUCUCAGGCUCGCGCCAUUAUUCGAAGCGCCAUCGAAAGCUGAAGACGCCAAUAGCCCCGUUGGUCCGUUACAACACCACGUUGCUGAGCCAGAUUUCAACGCGUGGGAAAGCAUCGACUGGGCUGCUCUCAGUCUGGGUCCCGAUCAUCCGAACGAAGGAUACACAGACAAUCCCGACGAUCGAAGCGCAACAGCAGAGGCUUGCGGCUCUGGAAUGCCAGACGACUCGUUGUACACUUUCGGCAGUGGCUAUGCUUUCACGUGUAUGUGCAACCCCAAUCGCUCUAAACCCCCAUCAAUACCCGUAUUGCUGGGUGCUAACGUUCUUGGUGAAUGUACAGGGCCCACGACCCAGCAUUCUUACGCACACUGGAUGAACGGAUCGCACAACCAUCACGAGCAAUAG